AUUGUUGCUAUCUCUUAUCCUCUUUAAACUAAACAAGAGAUUACUGAUACGAUUUCGAUAUCUGUAAUUUAAAAUUAAUGUGAAUGAACGGUUGUCAGUGCUCACAAUAGUUUAUUCGAAUCUGGUGAACGCACACCACACACUUCUUCAGUAUUAAAGCAAUGCAGUAAUUUCAAUUUUUCGUUUUUCAAGUGUAAUUUCAUUAAAAAUGACCGGGACCAUAGCGGCCACAAAUGGCGACGCCAAACAAGGCGUCCAACUCAAGCGCGAAUUGGGCCUUUUUUCCGCCAUAAAUCUAAUUCUUGCCGUCAUGAUAGGAUCCGGAAUUUUCGUCUCUCCAGCUUCAGCACUCGAACAUUCCGGUUCAGUUGGAAUGUGUCUAGUUGUAUGGACAGUAUGCGGAAUAAUCUCCCUUCUAGGAGCUCUGGCUUUUGCCGAACUAGGCACUGUUAUCCCACGUUCAGGGGCCGAAUACGCCUACUAUAUGGACUCGUUUGGCCCCUUGCACAAAUUCUGGGGCCAUUUGCCCUCAUUCAUCUACUCCUGGGUCAUGAUUGUGAUAAUCAAACCGGCAGAAGUCGCUGUUAUUAUACUGACUUUUUCCGAAUAUUUGUGCCAACCGUUGCUAGAUCUGAUGUGCAUACAGGACGACUCUGAAGAGGUGAAGAAGGCGGUCAAAACGGUGGCCUUACUCGCCCUAGGUAUAAUAACAUACAUCAACGUUUCAAGCGUGAAACUCUACGUCAAAGUGCAGAACAUUUUCGGCGGAUUUAAAGUAUUCGCCUGUUUGGUGGUGAUUUUUGGCGGCCUUUACGAAAUCAUCAAAGGCAACACUGACAAUUUAAACCGGGGCUUCGAAGGCACAAAGUACACACCGAAAAGCAUCGCUUUGGCCUUUUAUAGCGGACUUUGGGCUUAUGACGGAUGGUCUGCGGUCACUGUAAUCACUGAAGAGAUCAAACGACCUGAAGUAAACAUCCCGAGGAGCAUAAUGAUAAGUGUUCCCAUAGUCACCGGUUUGUAUGUCUUUAUGAACAUGGCAUACAUGACCGCAUUAUCGAUACCUGAGAUGAUAAAUUCGCCUGCUGUUGCUGUAACUUUCGGUGAAAGGGUUUUAGGCCCUUUGGCGUUUUUGAUACCACUAGGAGUGGCGUUAGCUACGUUUGGAUGUGCCCUAAGUAUACAAUUUGGGGUCACUAGGGUGUGUUAUGUGGCAGGACAGGACGGCCUAAUGAUCAAAAGUCUUUCCUUCGUUCAUCAUGAACGUCUAACUCCGUCAUUCGCUGUCGUUUCUCAGGGGAUUUUAUCGCUCCUUUUUAUCGUAGCUGGGGAUAUUGUUGAACUGAUCGAAUUUGUUAGUUUCCUCAUUUGGAUAUUCUACGGGCUGGCUUUUGUCUCGUUACUUGUCUUAAGGAGGACUAUGAAAGAUGCUCCUCGACCCUACAAAGUGCCUACAUGGAUUUGUGUUUUCGUUUUAUUGGUAGCUAUUUAUUUGAGUGUUACGCCCAUUAUUACGGAUCCAACUCCGAAAUAUUUGCUCGCUUUGGCGUUUAUUUUGGUGGGGGUUUUGGUUUAUUAUUGGUUUGUUUACAAGAAGCGAACACCGGAAUUGUUGAUGAGAAAGUUUACACGUUUUAUUCAGAUUUUAUUCGCGGCUGUGCCACCCGAUAAUCCAAAUGCUACAUAAGAAAUUAUUUAUUGAGAUGUUAUGUAAUUUAUAAUUGCAGUUGUAAUAAAAUGAAAUAUAAACGGAAAUGUAUUUUUACGAUAAGAAACGAUAAAAACAUCAUAAA